UAUCACAGUUCAGCUUAAUCCAUGCGGCAUGGCUAAAUCUCUUUUUAUUCCUCCUUCUACAGCUGAGAUGUUAGGGUUUUCCAAAGAAAUUACUCCAUGGAUAGGAGUCAAUUUAGGCGAGUCUUACAAGUAUACGGACCCAUCAGCUGGAUAUAGCUUAUCUCGGGUUCACACGUACAUUCGACAAGUCCGAGUUGUUGUCAUCGAACUUCGACAAAAGCUGGAUUGCAUAAAUGAAGAGAUCAAGGCUCUACUGAAGUUUAAAAAGGGUCUGGCCAGAAGCCUGGAUGAUCUGAACGCUGAAAUCCGUACAAAAACUCCCGAAGCAACUGUGAAACGUCCGAGGUUCAUUAAAAAUCGGGAUAAAGAAGCUGAAGCGGAAUUGUAUACCAGAGGAGUUGUGACUGUAAAAUUUGGAAAACCGGAUACAAAAAGUGUCCUACAUCAAUUGCAAAAUCAAUACAAAGUCGUGAAGGAACAGCUUCAGGUUCUGGGCAACACAAGAAGUAUUCUUUCGAAGGCAAUAAUGGAUCGUGUGCGAAUUCUUGAUUUAUUGCCAUACGUUACGUCUGCAUCCAUUAAAGCAAAGCACCAAGAAGAAGAUAAAUGCCGUUCAAUUGCUUACGCGGAGAAAGAAGCAACGCGUGCACAAGUCAGAAAAAACAUUUUAGCCAGCCGAAAUAAAAUUGCUGCAAAUACACAAAGCCGUGAAGAUCUUAGAAACUGUAAUGUGCCUGAGAACAUCACCAAACGUUCUAAAAUUCGAAAGUUCCCGAGUACAGGCCAGAUUCCAACAUCAAAAAGAGCAAACCGUAUCAAUGGAUUGAUGGUAAGAACGAAGUCUACUCCGGUGCCGGUGGGUUUACAACCCCGACCACAAAGAAGCAACGCUGACUUGGCAGUGAAAUACUGCAAUCCUCAAGAGGUCACACUAAAAUGUUUUUGUGAUGCAUCAAAAAGGGAUAUCUGCCGACCUGGUAUAUGUCCUGGCUGUAAUAGUUGCUUGCCGAAUGCUUUGACAAAAGACUGCAAAGUUGCCUUACGGACAGCUUCCGAGAUUCAUGGCAUAUCCAGACGGACACGGUCCUCUGUAAAAGACGUAGUAAAGGAAUGCUUCACACUCGAACCGUUUGAAGAUGAGAAGGAAUUGUCCGAAUAUAGAAUUUCUGAUCCGAGCAAUCAUAGAACGAAUCCAUAUCAAGCCUACUACAAAAAAUCUAGUUUUGCAUCGAAAUCUCAAACUCGGUGAUCUGUUUAUCAAAUUGUUCAAUUGAAUUGCUAACGUCGAAUUUAAUAGAAUAAAUUGCAAA